CUUUGACACGCUUUAAAGUUCAGCAAAUCAAGCAAAGCUGAUUAUCGUAGGACUUAGACAACAACACAGGCCGGGUUCGAUCGACGAAUAUUCAGCUAAGGAGCAACGCCAUUCUCCGGAGAUUGGGAGAAAACUGAGUUGAAUUGUGCGCUCCGCAUGUUAAAAUUCCGUGAACGAAUUGCAAUGCCUCCUGUGUCUGAAAAAACAACUAAAGUUGAAACGGCUUCGUCUCAAGGUUACACGGCACAAAUAAAGGAAUUUGUCGAGACUACCAUAACCAUAGAAAAAGAAACUACGGGACUCGGUUUAGGAGUUGUUGGUGGAUCCGACACAUAUCUGGGUGGUGUGGUCAUAAACGUGAUUGAACCUGGAGGCGCGGCAGCCAAGGAUGGAAGAAUUGCAGUCGGAGACCAAAUUAUUAUGGUAAAUGGUGAAAACCUACAGCAAAUGAACCAUAAAAAUGUGGUCUCUGCUCUGAGGUUAGCUCCAUCUCCAGUAAGUCUAACCAUCUUGCGAGAGGAUCCCGAGAAGAUUUUCACUUCAAUCGAAGAACCAACGACCAUCUUUGAAGUGAAUUUGGUGAAAUCCUUCACUGAAUACUUGGGACUAAGCAUUCUCGGGAGAAAGGAUAAGAAAGGUGUAUUUGUUAGUUAUGUGCGUGUUUACGGAACUGUCAAGCUGAAGAUUGGACGUAUUCCUUCUCUGCAUUCAUCUCUGUGCUCACCCAAAACCAAAACGUCCUACAUCAACCAUGCUCUUGAAGACGAUGGAGGUCUCAGCGAGGAGUUUCGUCGCUGCAAUAGUGUGGGCUCUGUGCAAAAGAAAAAGCGCAAAAUCCGACUUGACUUUAAGAACCAGGUUCCCACCAGACGACGGUCAGUAAGCUGCAGAGACUACAGCCAGGCCUCGGGAAUUGACCUUGAUGGACUGGAGCGAGCCUCCUCUGAGCAUGAUAUUAGAAAAACCAAUCAACCUAAGCAUGAUAAAAGAAGUAAGGAGCCUCGAGAGAGAUUUCGAUACGUGUAUCCAGAGCGGAUUGAGCUGUCGUUCAACGAGCAAAUAAAUCAAGGGUCUUAUCAGAGAGAAGAUUACGUAUGAAAAGAAGCCAAAACGCCACCAAGCGUAACAGAAAAGGAGAAAAUACAAGCAAUGACUCGGUGAUUAACAAAUUUUAAGAGUAUAUGAGAGAUAUGAAGGUAAAGCAAGGCAAGAAUAGGCCACAAGAGAUGAGUCUACCACGAAAUUAUAAAAUAUGUUUUGAAAGAUGAACAGGAUACAAUUAAAAGUCAUCAGUGAUUCAUGUUUACUCAUCAUUAUGAUCUAGCGAAUGAAGAAUUUUACCUACCUUGUACAGUGUAAUAAACUGCAGCAAAUUAAUGUACUGACCAGUAGCUUUCGUAUGAAUGGUCACACACAGGGUUUGAUUCACGGGCUUAGAACUACCUCGUGCAGCAUUGUGAACAAUACCACAUGAAGGUACUGCUCCUAAAGGAACCUUCAUUUGGAGGGUCACACGCUGGCAUUUCAUCCACGUGCUUAAAAGUUAGAACCACCUUGUUUCAUGUACAGCGUAAUAAACAGUAUCAUACGAAAGCACUGCUCAAUAGCGCUGUUUUUAAAUGUUCAUCUUAAAAUUUCAUUCAUAAACUGAUGAGAUUGGAAACGCUUUGUUCAACAUAAUAAACGAAAACACUCAAUAGCAUUGGUUGGUAGCCGCAGAGUUAGAACUACCUGCACCAUAAACAGUGCUACAAAUCAAUUUAUUACGUCCAUUUUGAAAUCUCUAGCGAACCUUGUUAUCUGAUUGGCUCCCAAUGGUGGGCUUUAUUCACAAAUCUCACCAUUCUUAGCUCUAAAUCGCAUCUUUUUUCUAUGACCAACGAGAAAGCUUUACUAAAGUGCAACAACCAAUUGCUUGUUUAAAAAAACCAAACUAAUUAGAGGAAAAUCGAAAAAACAACUUAUGCAACUUUCUACAAACUCGCUUACAACUGGAUAACCAAAAUAUUUGUACCACCAAGAGAUCCUGUAUCUGAGCGACUGAAUUUUACCGUUUCAAAAUGUAUUUACUUUGUGUUGUGCAAUUUUGGUCUGAAAUCAUACUUGUGAUUUCAGAUCAAAAUAAACUCUACUCAGUUAAAUUACCAUUAUAAAUCUGUAAAAAUUGCGCAAAAAAUUAUAUCUACUCUAAGAUGUCAAAAUAGAGAGGAAUCACAAUUGAAAUCAAAAUUCACUGCCAACAAUACCCUCUGCUUGAUUAAAUUUGUGCAUUAUUUUUUUAAUGUAGAUAAGAAAAAACAAAACGAUUUUACUCGGUAUUUCUUUUUUAGAUAUUGCGGCUUAUAAUCUAUUACAAAGCUCAUUGUGAUGUAAUUAAGCGAAAAUUAAUUCCAGGUUUAAAAAAAUUAAUAAAUUUAUGGCAGGCGUUAUCAUCAAUUUUUUUUUCUGGAAAUUCCUCUUCAUCUGAAUGAUAAACGAACGAACGUGCCUGUCAAUGGAACCCUAAAUUAGGAACAAUAAAAAUAUUCUUAUAGUCAUUUCAGCGUACAAAAUAAGAAAAAAAACUUUGAUUUAAAGAUAUAAAAGGAAACAAUUGCCAUCUUGUGAUCUCUGUUUACGUUUCCUUAUUUUCAUUAUUUGCUUAGCUUGAGGUAGAGUGUUUACCCAAAGGUGCGCCAUAAAUCGUUCUCUGGUUUGCGACUAUUUUUUUUACAUUUUGUUCAAACUGUGACCCCGUAUGAUUUGUAUGAACUCGUAUGCAGUAGAGAAGGUCUUAUUACCCUGCAUUUACUUUGAAAUAAAAAUGCAUGUAAAGGUUUCUGUAACAGUUUAAAGAGACCAGCAUCUAAUUUCUCCUUACAAUAUCACCGCUGGAUAAAACACUAAGGGCACGAGAAUAAAGGAAAUGAUCACCGACCGAGAGAAGCUCUCGACUGGUGAACAAAUUAUUGUUGGUAGUACCAUAGGAAAUGUACAGGGAAUAGUGCGGAGACUGAUUUCAGGAUGUGAAGGGUUAAAAAAGUAAGAGUUUGCAAAUUAUGUUUUUUUCCAGCAUGAUUUUGAGCUUUUGA